AUGUUUCUUGUAGGGUAUUCUGGGUAACGUAGUUUAUUGCGCAGUCAUUAGUCCCGACACUAGCAGGGCUCUUGAAUGUUGUUUAACUACAGUUCCCAAUUAUGAUCAGUAGUGAGCAAACUGGAAUUCUGGGACAUGACGUUUUUGAGUCUCUAUUCUACAAACAUGCAACCUAGCGAGAAAUGCUGGACUUGAGAAAGCUUUAUUUCCUGUGAAAUUUAAAUUGCCGCGACUUUCAGUGGUCGCCAUCCUCAACUUCCAGAGAUGCAGUUUUUCGAAUGUUAAAAUACCGCGUUUUCCGAUGUUUGUUAUGGUGUUCAUGUUUAAUUAGUCGGCGAAUGAGCAGCAUGCUAACUAGCUGAAGCUAACUGGACUUUUACAGUUUAUUUAUAGGGUACCAUGUUGCCUGAUUUAUUGCAAGGCGUUGAUGCUGGAGGGUUUCUCAUAAUACAAGAUUCUGCUAGUUACUCUGGUCGACAUCUCCUGAAGAGCUUCAUCAAUGCUGCUUUGAACAGGGAGGAAUCGGUCCAUGUCCUUGGCUUUGAUGUCAGCGAAGAAGAGCUGAGAGAUGGAUUGAACGGAUCACCCACUCACAGGUUGCACUUUCACAAUGCUUUUACAGACCCCCUUGGCUGGACUGAUCACCCAGCUUUCACAGUUCACCAAUUCAAUUUGGAAGAACUUACACAUCUGGUCAAGCAAACAUCACACCCCAAACCAGCUACAUUGGUUAUCGACUCUCUGUCAUGGAUUCUGAGACAUGUCAGUCCUUCUGCUGUUUGCAAGACUCUUCAGCAGCUUAAAAAAGGGGGAGCUGUGAGAGCUAUUAUUGGUCUGCUCCAUGCAGAUAUGCAUCAGAGAGGUACUGUGGGAAGCGUAUGCCAUUUGGCUACCACAGUCAUCACUGUGACACCUGGAACGAAGGGAGGCGAAGCAGUGGCAAAGAUAACAAAGCGAUCAAAAUCAGGGAAGGCUAUGCAAGAUGAAGAAAUUUUCAACAUCAAAGAGGAUCUUACAGUCAUAGUACAGAGCAAGCCCAGCCAUACAGGACCCAAACAGCCAGAACCAGAGGAACAGGAGAUGGACCCAACUGCAAACUUGACCUUCAACCUUCGCUUAUCUGACACAGAGCGUGAAGCCAAGGAGAAACUUGCACUUCCCUUUGUCUUCAGCAAAGAGAAGAAAACAGCUCUGCUCCACUCAGGCCCAGGUUCAGGACGAAUUCUGUAUGAGCCUGAUGCCAAUGACGACUAUGACCAGGAGGACCCAGAUGAUGAUCUUGAUGUGUAGGGUUAGGGCAGAAAACCCACUGACGCCUCAGAAGAAUCAUGUUUAGCGUCUUCUUUGCCAUUCAAGAUACUGAGUUGUUUUCAGCAUUGCAGUUUCAAAGCCUUACCACCAUCUCUUGGAGCUUUUAAGAUAUAAUUUUAUGCCUAGAAUUUCUGUAUGGACUUUGUAUUAUGUUCAUAAAAUGUUUUUUUUUUCAUUAUUAAUCACAUGAAUAAUACAUGUGUUUUUCCUAUUGAAUAAAAUUAUAUUAUUGUAAUAUUACUUUACACCUCACUUUGCUUUAGCACAGUCAUCCAGCUGAAUCUUUACACCACUAUUUAUUGCAGUGGUUCCCAACUUGGGGUUCGGAACAAAAGAAAUGUGAGGGAUCACAAGAUGAUUAAAGUGAAAAGAAAGGAAAAACAUACACGUCUGUCAUACAAAAACAGUUUGUUGCAGACUUUUCUCUUAAGGUUUACUCUUUUUUUUCCUUUUCCAAACCCUCUAAAAAUCCAAUUGUAGGAAUGAAACAUUCUGUGAAGGAAAUGUAG